CCUUAUUUCCCAUUCCCGCAGCUUCUCUUACUGUCUUUUUUUCCUGAAGCGCAAGUGGGGUGUGUCUCCGUAUGGGCGGAGCGGCGUGGCUCUUCCUCCGCUUUUAGUCAUGAGGUGGGCGCUGAGGAGGGCCCGAGGUCCGCGCUGGGAAGCGGGGCCCGCGUGGGAUCGUCCGCGCCAGCCCCGGUCGGCCCUCCAGCUCCCUGCCGGGCUUCGGGCGGCGCACCAGGCCGCGUUCCCAUGGCAACGGCGGCACGCGGGCCCCCCUCUGGCGGGCGCGGGAAACCGCGGGAAGGGCGCGCUCGUGCCGCGGCGAUGGAGGCACGCGGGCGAAGGCGACCGGGAGCCCAGCUUCCUGAACAUGGUGGAGAUCUUCUGCGGCCGGGCGACGCGCGUGGUCGAGGACGAGCUGGUCAAGCGGCUGCGGACCCCGAAGGACGAGGAGGACCGGAAGCAGCGCGUGCGGGGCAUCCUGGACACCAUCCGCAGCUGUGGCCACGUCCUGGAAGUGGCCUUCCCCAUCCGCAGGGACAGCGGCAGCUGGGAGGUCAUCAAGGGCUACCGGGCCCAGCACAGCCAGCACCGCUUGCCCUGCAAAGGGGGGAUUCGUUACAGCCAAUCAGUUAGUGUUAAUGAAGUAAAAGCCUUAGCUGCUUUGAUGACAUAUAAAUGUGCUGUGGUGGAUGUUCCUUUCGGUGGGGCUAAGGCUGGUGUUGCUAUUGAUCCAAGGAAUUACUCAGAGAAUGAACUGGAGAAAAUAACAAGAAAUUUUACAAUAGAAAUGGCUAAGAAGGGAUUUAUUGGUCCUGGAAUUGAUGUAGCUGCCCCUGAUGUGAGUACAGGAGAAAGGGAGAUGUCCUGGAUCGCUGAUACUUAUUCAAACACUCUUGGAUACAGGGAUAUCAACUCCCAUGCUUGUGUGACAGGGAAGCCUAUCAGUCAGGGAGGAAUCCAUGGACGAAUAUCAGCCACAGGUCGUGGACUUUUACAUGGGAUAGAAAACUACAUCAACAAUGCAACAUACAUGGAUCUCAUUGGCCUCAAAACAGGCUUCUCUGGGAAAACAUUUGCGUUGCAGGGCUAUGGCAACGUGGGUGUGCAUUCCAUGCGAUACCUGCACCGCUAUGGAGCCCGUUGCAUAUGUGUUGGGGACCUAGAUGGUGCCAUCUAUAAUGCUGAGGGGAUUGACCCCAAGGAACUACAAAACUACAAGCAGGAAAGUGGAACCAUUGUUGGCUUUCCAAAAGCCAAGAAACUUGAAGGCAGUGCCCUUGAAGUGCCUUGCGAUAUCCUCAUCCCUGCUGCAAUUGAGAAACAGUUGACAAAGGCAAAUGCUCAUCGCAUCCAAGCAAAGAUAAUUGCAGAAGGUGCCAACGGCCCUACAACCCCAGAAGCUCAUGACAUCUUCCUUCAAAGAAAGAUACUUGUACUUCCGGAUUUGUACAUAAAUGCAGGUGGAGUGACAGUCUCCUUCUUUGAAUGGCUGAAGAAUCUGAACCAUGUCAGCUAUGGACGUCUCACUUUCAAGUAUGAACGUGACUCCAACUACCACCUCUUGAUGUCAGUGCAGCAAAGUCUGGAGAAAAAGUUUGGGAAGACCAGUGGAGAAAUCCCAAUUGUACCCACACCAGAAUUCCAAGCCAGAGUGGCAGGUGCUUCAGAGAAAGAUAUUGUGCACUCAGGCUUGGCUUUCACCAUGGAACGUUCAGCCAGGCAAAUCAUGAGCACAGCCACAAAGUACAACCUAGGUUUGGACCAAAGAACUGCAGCAUACGUGUGUGCCUUAGAAAAGGUAUUUAAAGUUUACAGUGAAUCAAGUUUCACUUACUGAGCCUACCUGCCUACGUCCAUCUAUUGACUACAGAGAAAAGAAGAAAAAUUGCCAUAAGAAAGUGAGCUCUAGGUGUCGCUGUGGAACCUUGCAGCUUUUCUCUUUUGUUUAUAACUCCUUCACCCUUUUCCUGUGCCUGAUAUCCUUGUUGCACGGUGGUAAGCCAUAUUUAAGCAGUUAUUUCUUUAUGUCUGCAGAUGGUGCCAUCAGUCCAAAGAUGCUGCUACUUUGCUAAAUUGCCAUGUAAUUGUUAAAAUUAAGUAUCCAAUGAAAUGCUGUCUCUUAUUCUUCGUUUUGUUCAGUAUGGAUCUGCCUUUUUUUGUGUUUGAGAUAACCUGCUGUCCCUUGUUUCAAAUGUUUUGCAUAAGUAACAGCUUUUGGCCCAAAUUCUUUGAUUCUUGAACUGUGCUGGUAGUGCCCUUACAUCUCCUUGGUGACAUCUUUCACAGAAGAGAACCCCAAUUACAAGUAAAUCUAUUUUACUUCUACAUGCCAUAAAGAUGGGGGUCUGAGGCUUAGCAUGGAUUUCAUUCCUUGCAUUAUAUUUAUAUUGCAGUCCAUUCUUCCAAACAUCCCAUUACACCCCCUUCCUCUGCCUUCCCUGAAUUUAAGCCUUUUCUUAUACAGCAGUAAAGGUGAUUGUUGCCUGAGAUACUGUGCUUUUCAGAGUACAUUUGCAUUGAGCAGUGUGUUGACUAGGCAGGCUACAUAACCUGAAAGUACCAGAUCCCAUCUGAGUGUAGAAGGUAAGCAGAAUCAGACCUGUUACUGCUUAGAUUGGAAAAUCACCAAGAAAUACCAGAAAACCCUAUGGAAUUAAUGGGCUCACUUUAAGUCAACGAAUGACUUGAAAGCAUAUGCACUCGCUUAAUGUUUGACAACAGUAUGCCCUGCUUUUUACUGUGAGAUAUAUGACGUUAAGCCUGCCUUGUUGCUACUUGUUACCUGGCUCAAAGUAGUAAUAGUGGAGGGGGGUGGGAAUAAAGUUUUCUCUACCCCAUCCACCAGAGCUCACAUUCUGGUUCAUGUUAACACACCCUUGGCUGCAGCAUUUGUUCACUGUCAUGUGCCAUCCAAGGAUUUCUUCAUUGUACCUUUUAUCUUAAGACUGUUUUUUCAUGUCCAGAACUACUACCGUGCAAUAGCCUUUCAAAAUAAUCCUUUCCUAGGCCAAAAA